AUGAAGCCCAAGUUCUCACGCGCACCCAUCAAGGAAGCCGGCCGCGUCGCCUACCUCGGCGAGUCCUCCAACCUGACGCUGCUCGUGCACGACCGCCACGGCAGCGCCGACGUCGUCCACUACCCCCUCCCCGACAACGUGCGCGGCGCUCGCUCGCGCCUAACGGACCUCGACGACGUCGAGAUCGACAUCCUGCACCAGCGCGGCGCCUUCCUGCUCCCGCCGCGCUCCCUCUGCGACGAGCUCGUCGAGUCCUACUUUAAGUGGGUCGCGCCCAUCGUGCCCGUCAUUAACCGCACGCGCUUCAUGCGGCAGUACCAGGACCCGAAGAACCCGCCGUCGCUACUGCUGCUGCAGUCCAUGCUCCUCGCCGGGUCGCGCGUGUGCGUCAACCCGCAGCUCAUGGACUCGCAGGGCUCCACCACGCCCGCCGCCAUGACGUUCUACAAGCGCGCCAAGGCGCUGUACGACGCCAACUACGAGGACGACCGCGUGACGAUCGUGCAGGCCCUCGUGCUGAUGGGGUGGUACUGGGAGGGGCCCGAGGACGUCACACGCAACGUCUUCUAUUGGAGUCGUGUCGCCACCAUCGUCGCGCAGGGGUCGGGUAUGCACCGCAGCGUCGACCAGUCUCAGCUCAGUGCUACGGAUAAGAAGCUGUGGAAGCGCAUUUGGUGGACGCUGUUCACACGUGAUCGCUCGGUAGCCGUUGCCCUGGGCCGGCCCGUGCAUAUCAACACCGACGACUCGGACGUCGACAUGCUCUGCGAGGAAGACUUCAUCGAAGAGGAAGACGACAACCCCAACCCGCAGUACCCCCCCGACCAGACGCACGUCCAAUUCUUCCUCCAGUACGUCAAGCUCUGCGAAAUCAUGGGCCUAGUCCUCUCACAACAAUACAGCGUCGCCUCCAAAGCCCGCCGCCAAAACGCCAUCGACCUCACCCACUCCGACAUGGCCCUCGCAGACUGGCUUCAGAACUGCCCCAAGGACGUCUACUGGGAGCCCACCCGCCACCAAUUCUGGUCCGCCCUCCUCCACUCAAACUACUACACCACCCUCUGCCUCUUGCACCGCGCCCACAUGCCCCCCGCCACCUCCACCCGCGGCGGGUUUCCCGAGGACUCCGCGUACCCGAGUCGCAACAUCGCGUUCCAGGCUGCGGGCAUGAUUACGUCCAUCAUUGCGAAUCUGCGCGCACAUAAUGAGCUCCAGUUUGCGCCGGCGUUCAUGGUGUACUCCCUCUUCUCGGCGCUGAUCAUGCACGUCUACCAGAACCGCUCGUCGGUCCCGGCGGUGCAGCAGCAGACGCAGGAGCGUAUACGCAUCUGUAUGGACGGUCUCAAGGACGUCUCUCGCGUGUGGGUCGUGGCCAAAAUGGUCUACACCCUGUUUGAAUCCAUCCUCGGGAACAAGGUACUCGAAGAGCGACUCCAGAAGGCCGCAGGAAAACGACACAAAAAGACCCAGCAGACCUGGGGGAAACUCCACACCACUGCCCAGCAACAACAGCAACAACAGCAACAACAGCAACAACAGCAACAACAAGAACAACAAGAACGACGGCCAGAAGACACAAAACGCAAAUACGACGACAUGGCCCUCGAAUUCGCCCCGUCCAACGGCCUCGCCCCGCAAGAAUCUUACGAGCGCUCCCGCCCGCAAACACCCGCGCGCGAAACCGCCACAGUUGCCAUGGGCGCACCACCCCCUAUCCUCUCACCGCGCCAGCAGGCGGCGUCGCAGUUGCAGCAGCAGCAGCAGGGGCAGGCACAAGAUACAUUCAUGGGCGGCACAUCCUCGCGUCCACACACGCGUCCACCUACGCCGUUUAACCCUUCCUUUUCUGUCCCGGCUACGCCACCGGAUUUGUAUUUGGUUACCCGCAAUAGCCCGAGUAUUAGCCAGGCGCUGUGGGAGAACUUCCAACCCGACCAACUCUUCCCCGAGGGGAGCGGGGUGGUGGGGAUACAGAACUCCCCCCCCCCCUGGCUGGUGCGCAAUGGGGGAGUCCCUCAGCUGCGGGUGGUAUGGGGGGACGGAUGGGGAGUUUAGGCAGCCAAGGCGGGCAAGGCGGACAAGGCGGGCAAGGCGGACAAGGGG